AUGGCCAGCACUAGCGGAGGAGUUCAGAUAGAAAAGUUUGAAGAAGCAACGACUUCCUUUAAAUCUCCGGUGUGGGUUAAUUUUGGUUUCGCCGUUGAAUACUUGCUUGUUUUCAACAUUCUCUCCAAACUUGGACUGAAGAAAUUUUAUCCCAACAAACUCACUCUUCGCUCUCUUUUGGAAAUCAACAAAAACAAUAUUUAUGAUGAAACUGUUGAAUCACUGGAGAAAAUACCAUGGUGCUUUCUCAGGAAACUCUUUCAAAUAAAUGCAGAAUGCAGAAACUUUACACAAGUAUCAAGUAAUGAUGAAGAUGGGGAAGAAAACAGUGACCUGUUUGACUUUAACCUGCUCACUGCAGAUGUCUCUGCAGACAACAAGGUUAACCCUCUCGACCUCAUAGUUGCACUCUUUCUUUGUGCUGACAGCUUCUUGCAACAGGAAAUGGCCCUAAAGAUGUCAAUGUGUCAGUUUUCUGUCCCACUGCUGUUGCCUCAUGUCAAUAACAGUCAGUCUACUCUGAUGCUGUGGGCUCUGAGAGACAUCGUCAAAGAGUGGCGUCCAAAGGAUUUGUCUGAAUCAAGAGGAUUUGUUGAAAACAACAUUGUCCAAGCAAAUAUACCAUUCUUUACCUUUGUCAGGCUGAAAAACUGCAGUCUCUCCAAGUCACAGGUGUUGAAUCAUGUUCUCAGUCGUGGUCAACAGAAUCACAACAUCUUCAUACACAGAGAUAUGGAAGGAGGAAGACUUCAACGAAGAAUAGCCAAUGGUUUGGUCGAGGUUUGCUGGUUCCUUCCCUGUGGCAGAGAAAAUCUUGACAUAUUUCCAGGACCAGUUGCCUUUGCCAAUUUGAGAGGAGACAUUUGUGAGUCACUCACACAAUUCAAUUUUCUUUUUCACGUGUCAACUUCUACAUUUGUGUUCCUGGACAAAGUUGAAGAAAAUGAGCACAAGAUUCUGACUUCUCUUCAAAAUGGGAAAUCCAAAAUCUUCUUGAUUGUUAAUCGCAAGGAGAACUCUAGAGAGGACAUGAUGUCUGUCAAGAAAACACUGAAAGAAUUAGAGCUACCAAAAAGCAAUGUGAAAACCAAAGACUCAGGUGUAAAUAUUGCAGAGUUUUCAAAGAAACUUUGUGCAGCCAUUAAGACCUCACUGCCAGAUGUAAAAGCCACACUGAACACUAUCAAUAUGGUUGGAAAAGCUGCUGAGCUUGGUCUAUCUGUGGAUGAAACCACAAGUGACGAACAGAAAAAAGCAGCUGAGGAGAUUAUGAAAGGAAUUGGGGUGAGGACGAUACCGGACUACAAGAAACAACAACUUCCAUUGCAGGGAGAUAACUGGAAAAGAUUAUCACAGUUACAGAAAGAGGAGUGUAGAUUGAAGAAAUCUGGUGGUAUAGGACUGGAAGAAUAUAAGUCACAGUUAGAGGAAGAAAAACUAAAAAUCAGGAAGGAGCAAAACAAAUACAAACCAUCCAAAGCCAUGACAAGUUUCAUUGAAUCCUUAUCCACAAGAGAGAAGGAGAAAAGAGAUUUUUUUCUCAAGUGGAUGAAGCUUAAGCUUGAUACACAUUCACGGAGCAAACUGUCUGAUCUACGCAACAAAUUCAAGGAGCAUUGUGAAAAAAAAGACAUGAAACUCAUUGAAAAGUUAGACAAAGAUUUGCUAGAAAGCUCUUUAGGAGUAGAGCAUUACAUGAGAGAGAUGGGACUCAUCUAUGAGUUCUCAUGUGAUGGCUCAAGAAACACUGCUGGUGAAAUGUCUCAUCUCCCUGGUUUGGCUGCUGAAAUGCUGUUGGAUGGAUAUCCUUUAGAGAUCUUGGAUGGAGAUGCUUCCAACAUCCCAGAGAGAUGGGUGACAGAUGUGCUGAUGGAGCUUCACAAGAAGGUUGGAGAACAGAGCAGACUGUUAGUACUGACUGUGCUGGGUGUUCAAAGUACAGGGAAGUCAACACUCCUCAACACCAUGUUUGGUGUGCAGUUUCCUGUCAGCAGUGGCAGAUGCACAAGAGGAGCUUAUAUGCUCUUCCUCAAAGUUGGAGAAGAUAUGAAACAUGAGUUGAACUAUGAUUUUAUAGUUCUCAUUGACACAGAGGGUCUAAAGUCUCCUGAUCUGGCAGAACUAGAGGAAAGUUAUGUGCAUGACAAUCAGAUGGCAACAUUUGUUAUUGGUUUAAGUGAUAUCACCAUUAUCAAUGUAGCCAUGGAGAACUCAACAGAAAUGAAAGAUGUCCUGCAAAUUGCUGCUCAUGCUUUCCUGAGAAUGAAGGAAAUUGGUAAAAAGCCAAUUUGUCAUUUUGUGCACCAAAAUGUUUCUGGAGUUUCAGCUCAUGCAAAGACAAUAACAGAAAGACAGCAUCUUUUGGACCAGCUCAAUGAAAUGACACAAAUUGCUGCUGACAUGGAAAAGCAGCCUUCUAUUAAAGCAUUCACAGAUGUACUGGACUAUGACAUUGACAAAAACAACUGGAACAUCCCAGGACUCUGGCAUGGAACCCCUCCGAUGGCACCAGUGAACACAGGUUACAGUGAAGCUGUAGCAGAGUUAAAAAGAAAUCUUUUAGAGACAGCAAAAACAAACCAGUGCAAUCAAGCCUCAAAGAUCCCAGAGUUUCUAGAAUGGAUGAGAAGUCUCUGGAAAGCUGUGAAAUAUGAGAACUUCAUCUUUAGUUUCAGAAACACUCUUGUGGCUCGUGCCUACGACAACCUUUGCAAAGAGUUCAGUCAAUGGGAAUGGCAGUUCAGAAAAGAAAUCCUCUCCUGGCAAACAAAAGCAGAGUUGGAAAUCUUAAAUUGCGACAGUGAAUCUGAUGUCCAAGUUUGGAGUACAUUGGUUAAAUCAAAAAAGUCAGAGGCAUCAGAAAAUAUCAAAUCGGAAGAAAGAAAAAUGACGGAGAAACUUACUACUUACUACAAAAAGAAAGACCAGAAUGUCAACCUGAUAGAAAAAUACAAAACUGACUUUUUCAACAGUAUCAGUAAUCUUGCCAAGGAAAUCACACAUUCAGCAAACAAUAAAUUUGAUUAUAUCCUUGAGCUAAAAAUAAGUUCAAAACAGGCACAAGACAUUCUGAGGAAAUACAGAGCCAGGAUUGAAGACAAAGUCAUGAAGCUUCUGAGAGCUUGUAAAGGGUCACAGCUGUCGGAUCAACAGCUGACACAUGAGUUUGAAAAGAUGUGGACUGAAGCCACUAAAAACGUGUCUGGCCUGAAAGAGCGAGAUAUCGCAGCUAGUGUCCUUGAGCAGUUGAGAAGCAAUUUCUCAAACCGGAAUGUUAACGAGGAAUUUCAAAACAUUAGAGACCUAAAGGAGUUUGGGAAGGGUCCAUUUAAAACCAGACGUGAACAUAUGGACUCCUUCUUGAAGAAGUUUGGAUCUCUGGUUUGGGGUCUUGGGGAUCUGCAGAAGUUUACAGACAGUGUCAUUGAGUCUUGCAUACGAUUUGUGCAUGAUAAAACAAAGACAAAAACAGAUUACCAUGACACUUUUACAAGAGAUCUUCUUGAGAAAAUAGAUCAGUCCCUUGAUCAAAACUACAAGAAUCACAAAACAAAUGCAAAGUUUGUGAUUGACCUGAAACUUCACAUUUGUGGCAUUGCCUCAAGGGAAUUCCUCAAAAUGCACCGAAAAUUCUUGUCUGAUAAAGAUCCUCAAAUUCAGCUGGAGAACAUGAAGUCUCAAUACUUGACAGAUUUUCUUGAUUUAUUCAAAGAUAGAGAUCAUUGUCAACGCAAAGCAAAUAAUUUUGUCAAAUGUUGCAUCAAACCUGCUGUGGAAGAGUACAUCAAUAGAUCUUUGGGAAUAGACAUUGUGGAUGAAAUUUUGACAAGUUGCCAUUCAGCAGAGUACAGCUCCCGCUCCUUUUUCCAGUACAACAUUCAGGAAGAGUUGCUGAGAAAUUACGACUUUGAAAAAUUUGUCAAGUACAUUUGUAAUUAUGAAAUAUAUGUUAAGGAUUGGAUAUUUCAGCAAAUCCAACAACAAAUGUCAAAGGACAAAACUUUGUUCAACCUGAAGAACAAGAACCUUCAAGUCAUAGCUGAUAAAAUCACAGCAGCAUUAGAGCAGGCCUCAAAAAGACCAGAUGGUGUUCAACUGCCAGACAACAAUGAAAACAUCAGAAAGCUCAUCAGCAACAUCCGGAAAUGUUUGAUUAAAGACAUCUCAAUCUCAGUGGAGGAUGAAAAAACCACGCUGUUUCAAAUCCAAAGCACAUGUCAUCCAUUUAUCGACAGCCUCAAAAAGUCAUUAAAAGAGUUGAGAGAACAGCUUCAGGAGGAAUUCUCAAAGUCUGAAGACAUCACUGAGACUGUGAACAAACUUCCAAUCAAACCACAGGAUGAGCUUUUCAAGCGAGUGUUUGGUUGUGGAAAGCAAUGUCCAUUUUGUAAAGUUCCCUGUGAGGCUGGAGGAAAAGGACACGAUCAGCAUCAUGCAGCCGUGCAUCGACCACAAGGUCUUGGUAGACACAGGAAUAUUGACACUCAGAAGCUGGUUGAAACAGUGUGUACAACUAAUGUGCAAAGUGAGAUUAAAUUCAGAAACUCAGAUACUAAUGGAGAGUGGCAUCCUUACAAAGAGUAUUACACAUACUAUCCAGACUGGCUCAUUCAACCAGAUUCCAGCAUAGAGGCAUCUGACUACUGGAAGUAUGUACUGGUACAAUACAAUGAAAGAUUUGCUCAACAAUACAAGGCCAAACCAGCUGAUGUUCCAGAGGCCUGGAGGAGAAUCACUAAGGAACAAGCACUGAAGGGGUUAAAAGAUGCUUUCCACAUGAAGUGA